UAUUUGUCCAAAAGAAAAAAAGAACAAACAAAAGACGUACUUGUAAUAAUGUCUAUCUAAAAGAAUAUUUCUCUGUCAAAUAAUACUUUCCCAAGUGUUGUUUUGUGUGUGUUAAUGGGUUUUAUGGUGGAUACGCAAAACCAAGGUGGUGGUGAGCAUUCAUGGGGUUUCUUAAGAAAUUUAGUAAGAAGGAAACAAGUCGACUCUUCAAAUGGCACAUCAUCCAAGACUCAUCAUCAUCACCAGCUCGCCAAAGCUUUGACCUUCCCUCACUUGAUUGCAAUUGGUGUUGGAUCAACGAUUGGAGCAGGGGUUUAUAUACUUGUGGGAACAGUGGCUAGAGAGCAUUCAGGACCUGCUCUUGCUCUUUCCUUCCUUAUAGCUGGAAUAUCCGCUGCCCUUUCCGCCUUUUGCUAUGCAGAACUCUCUAGUCGUUUCCCUUCAGCUGGGAGUGCCUAUCAUUAUUCUUACAUUUGCAUUGGUGAAGGUGUUGCUUGGUUGAUUGGCUGGGCAGUGAUUCUGGAAUACACUAUUGGUGGUUCAACAGUUGCUCGUGGCAUAUCUCCCAAUCUGGCUAUGAUUUUUGGUGGUGAAGAUUGUUUGCCUACAAUAUUAGCUCGUCAUCAAAUCCCAGGCCUCGAUAUUGUUGUUGACCCGUGUGCUGCUGUACUAGUGUUCAUUGUAACAGGCCUCUUGUGCACUGGAGUGAAGGAGAGCACAUUUGCUCAGGGAAUUGUAACAACAGCAAAUGUCUUUGUUAUGCUAUUUGUCAUAAUAGCUGGAAGUUAUCUGUGUUUCAAGACGGGUUGGGUUGGUUAUGAACUUCCAACAGGGUAUUUUCCAUAUGGUGUUGAUGGAAUGCUUACUGGGUCUGCUACUGUUUUCUUUGCUUACAUUGGGUUUGACUCAGUUGCAAGUAUGGCAGAGGAGGUGAAAAAUCCCCAGCGGGAUUUACCACUCGGUAUUGGUCUUUCACUGCUGCUUUGUUGUUUGCUAUACAUGAUGGUCUCUGUUGUUAUUGUUGGUUUAGUGCCGUAUUAUGCUAUGGACCCUGACACUCCAAUAUCCUCCGCAUUUGCUAGUCAUGGAAUUCAAUGGGCGGCGUAUUUGAUAACUUUAGGUGCUGUCAUGGCUCUUUGUUCUGCAUUAAUGGGUUCCAUUCUCCCUCAGGUACCUGUUAAUGGAACCAUAACAACUGGUUUGUGUGCAGCAGUCUUAGCUUUCUUUAUGGAUGUUUCGCAACUGGCGGGAAUGGUGAGUGUCGGGACACUUGUUGCAUUUACAAUGGUUGCAGUAUCAGUGUUGAUAGUCCGAUAUGUUCCUCCAGAUGAGGUACCCCUUCCCUCAUCACUUCUAGAGAGCAUUUGUUCUGUUCCCUUCCAAUGUGAUGAAGAGAACUCAUCCAGUCACGUUGGGACUUCCAUUGGAAGUAAAGAACCUUUACUUUGCCACACUGAUGCUUCAAUUGUGGAGAAGCAAGAAGCUCAAGGAGGAUGGGUUCCCAACAAAGAAAACAGAAGAAAACUCGCUGGUUGGAACAUUACGUUCACUUGUAUUGGAAACUUCCUUUUAAGCUAUGCAGCGUCAAGCUUCCGCUUGCCAGGAGUCCUCAGAUAUUCUGUAUGUGGUGUUGGUGGAUUGUUCCUUCUUGUUGGUUUGAUUGUUCUGAGUUGCAUAGAUCAGGAUGAUGCUAGACACAGUUUUGGGCAUUCUGGAGGCUUCAUUUGCCCGUUUGUUCCGCUUUUGCCUGUUGUAUGCAUUCUUAUCAACAUGUACCUCUUGGUAAACCUUGGAGCUUCGACAUGGGCUCGUGUAUCGGUGUGGCUUUUCAUCGGAGUGCUUGUUUACAUUUUCUAUGGGCGAAGAAACAGCUCUCUUGUGAAUGCAGUUUAUGUCCCCACUGCUCAUGCCAAGGAGAUUCGUCCCACUUCUAGACAUUCUUUGGCUUAAAUCUACAUGAAACCAUCACUGGAGGCUCAAAAUCUGUUCAUGUAGAUUUAAGCCAAAGAAUGUCAUGAAGAUCUGUCAUAUAUGGUUCAACAAAAUCUGUAAUAUAAUUUUUUUAAAAAAAAAUUGGAUGAUCAAGUCAGGUUGUAAAUAAAAAAAAAGUUCAAAUGCCGCUGCUUAUAGGCAUUGUAUAUAUAUAAACUGUAAAUUUGUUUUGUUUAAAGCUUUAUAAAAGUAUCUCUCAUUUAUCAUA